AUGGGAGUAGCGCCACCUGCCGUUCACCAGCCGCCAGCAGAGGCGACAAGCGACGGAGCUGCCACUCCGCUUCCCCAUCAGUCGACUAUUGUCCCAAACUUCACCGAGCGGGGCUACACCGCGGACCAAGUAGCCAAGCACCUGUCGUUGACACAGAUGCACGACAACCAGAAGGAGAAGCUAGAGCGCAUGCGUGUGGAGGAGGUGGCCAUCCUGAAUCGCAUGUGCAAACAGAUGGAGGCGGUGUCAGACAAAGCCCAAUUCAAGGCCAUGCGGGCAUCGGCGCCGACCAAGGCGAAGCCACCCCCGAAAACUACCAAGGGCAGCCGAACCAAGGCUGAUAGGCAAGCGAGCGGGGAAGCCAAGCCGUACGACAGGCCCGGGUCGCGUACUCCAGGGCGAACGCCUCACCCCGAACUGCCUGAGGCAGUGAGCACGAUGCCACCCUACCCCACCUACCAGCAGGUCCUCUCCCCAGCAGCCACACCACUCGCUUCUUCUCCAGCCCCGACUCCUGUGCCACACGCCUACUCGCCUGCGAACAUGUCACUCUCCUCGACCCCUAUCCCCGCGCCCAUGCCCCUCGCUUACCAGCACCCACCAAACGGGAUGUCUCCGCAGCAGCAGGCACAACAGCAGGCCCAGUUGGCGGCCCAGGAGCAGUUCCAACAGCAACAGCAGCGACAGCAGCAGCUCGAAGGGUUUUCCUCUUACCCACACCUACCACAGGGGCUUCCUCAGCAAGUGCCUCGCGCACCGCAAAUCUCUGAGGAAGAAUUCCGCAGGUAUGAGGAGCAGCAACGGCAAGUAAAAGCCUUCAACCUUCUGGCCAUGCAAGCACGCGAACGUGCAGCUCAUGGAUCUUCCACUCCUCAAACGCCCCAUCCCGAUGCCGAACACGCUCCGGCAAUCAGCGCUCCAGCUUUGACCGCUCAGGUCGAUAUCUCCCAACAACGUACACCAGUUGAUUCCGGAGUCAUCCCUCAUGCCCACACGGCGCCUGUUGACCAGAGCUAUGACACGCCGUCAACGGCAUGGCAGGAUGCCACCCCUGGCCCCGCAACGUAUCAGGGCAUGUCCCAAGCACAACUCGACCACGUCAACGGAGUUGGGCCUUCUGCACCUGCAGAUGCGCAGUCACACCACGAGCAUCCCCUAGUCAAGGACGGUCAUAUUCUUGACAUGGCGGGCUAUUUGGCAGUCUCAACUGAAAGUGUCGAUGUCGACAUGCCCAUGGCGCCGCCUGAGGCAGUAACUUUGCCUUUCCCAUCGCCAACCCCGCAGGAGGAAGUCGACGUCGAGGAGUCUAUGGAUGACCUCCUCGUGCGUAUGGGACUCAUACCGCCAAACGAUCCCCUGCCACGAGGCAUCUUCGACGGUGUUGCUAUUGGGCAAAGCGACGAGAACGUCUCAACCUCCAACAACUCCCUCCAAGCCCAAGCUGAAGUUGGUCCACCCAACAUCACCCCUAUUGUCGAUGAUAUCAGCAAUGAGAUGAUGGAGGAAGCAGAUCCCAUCACGGUUGAGCGCGCGCUUCAAGACUUGGAGGAAUUUGCAGCCAACUUCCCCUAUGGGCCAUGGGAGGAUCAUCUCCGCGAGGACCCAAUACCAGAGUUCUAG